UUGACUUUCUUCCUCUCUCUCUUCUCUCUCUUGCGAUUCUCUGAAAUCUCUGUAUUCAGAGAAUACAUGAAAAUCCAUUUAAAUCCAAUUUCUCACAUGUAUUUCUAGGGUUUCGAUUUUUGCCGAAUCUAGCUUCGCAGUUUCAUAAAUUAAAAUUACUCACUCAGAUUUGUGUUGGAUUCCGAAUGGACUCAGCUCCGAUUUCCCAGCUUCGAGUUCCUGCAAGGUUUUAUCUUACGUUGAAUUGAUGUUGGAACUCACUUAAAUGCCGAGCGUUGGUACUUGUGGCUUAGGACUGAAUUCUACUGGCUUGAAAGUUGUAUGAGCUUAAUAGCUUGUCAAGAAUUCCAUGUAAUGAGAUCCUUGCUUCUGUAAACCAUUACUAAUAAAUAUGCCGUCAUGGUGGGGGAAGUCGUCAUCCAAAGAAUCAAAGAAGAAGACAAGCAGCAAGGAAAGUUUCAUUGACACAUUGCACCGGAAAUUUAGGAUUCCUUCUGAUAAUAAAGUGGGCAGUAGAUCUGGAGGGUCUCGAAGACAUUGCAGUGACACGAUUUCUGAAAAGGGAUCUCGAUCUCCCGAAGAAUCUAGAUCUCCUUCACCUUCUAAACAUGUAGCUAGGUGUCAAAGUUUUGCUCAAAGAUCUAAUGCUCAACCACUUCCACUUCCUAGCCUACAUCCUGCAAGUGUUGGUCGUACAGAUUCUGGAAUUAACAUCUCAACAAAAACAAGAUGUGAAAAGGGCUCCAAGCCAUCACCGAUUCUGCUCCCAAAGCCUGUUUGCCUUCGUAGCAGGCCAAAUCCUACGGAUAUAGAUAGCGAUUUGGUUACUGCUUCAGUGUCUAGUGAGAGCUCCAUUGAUAGUGAUGAUCUAGCCGACUCACGUCAUCGUAGUCCUCAGGCAACUGAUUAUGACAAUGGAAAUAGAGCUGCUGCAGGAAGUCCGUCCAGUGCGAUGCUCAAGGAUCAACCCUCCAAUUUUUUCCAAAUAUGCUCACGAGAGGCCAAAAAGCCAGCUAACCUUCCUUUCGGUAAUCAUAUUUCACCUACGUCGCCCAAACAGAGGCCUUUGAGCAGCCAUGUGCCAAAUCUACUGGUUCCUUAUAAUGGUGCUUUCUGCAGUGCUCCGGACAGCUCCAUGUCAAGUCCUACUAGAAGUCCACUUAGAGCAUUUGGCUCUGAGCAGGUAGUGAACUCUGCCUUUUGGGCUGGGAAGCCAUAUCCAGAUGUUACUCUAGCUGGAUCUGGUCAUUGUUCAAGUCCCGGAUCCGGUCACAACUCUGGGCAUAAUUCUAUGGGAGGAGAUAUGCCCGCACAGUUUUUCUGGCAACAAAGCAGGGGUAGCCCCGAGUACUCUCCAGUACCUAGUCCUAGAAUGACUAGCCCUGGCCCAGGUUCCAGAAUUCAUAGCGGUACUGUCACGCCUAUCCACCCCAGAGCAGGAGGGAUGCCUGCUGAUUCUCAGACAAGCUGGCCUGAUGAUGGGAAACAACAAAGUCACCGUUUGCCUCUUCCUCCUGUUACAAUUUCUAAUCCUGCUCCUUUUUCUCAUUCAAAUUCGGCAGCAACAUCUCCUUCUGUGCCAAGAAGUCCGGGAAGAGCAGAGAAUCCGGCAAGUCCUGGUUCCCACUGGAAAAAGGGGAAGCUGCUUGGUAGAGGCACAUUUGGACAUGUUUAUGUUGGUUUCAACAGCGACAAUGGAGACAUGUGUGCAAUGAAGGAGGUUACGUUAUUUUCCGAUGAUGCAAAGUCUAAGGAAAGUGCUAAGCAAUUGAUGCAGGAAAUUGCCUUAUUAAGCCGUCUAAGGCACCCAAACAUUGUGCAGUAUUAUGGGUCCAAGACGAUCAGCGACAAAUUAUAUAUUUACCUGGAGUAUGUAUCUGGUGGCUCAAUCUAUAAACUUCUUCAAGAUUAUGGACAAUUCGGUGAGCUAGCAAUUCGUAGUUAUACUCAACAGAUCCUGUCAGGACUUGCAUAUUUACAUGCUAAGAAUACUGUUCACAGGGAUAUUAAAGGAGCAAAUAUACUAGUAGACCCAAAUGGCCGUAUUAAGUUGGCAGACUUUGGGAUGGCAAAGCAUAUCACCGGUCAGUCAUGUCCAUUAUCAUUCAAGGGCAGCCCUUACUGGAUGGCCCCUGAGGUUAUAAAGAAUUCAAAUGGCUGCAACCUUGCUGUGGAUAUCUGGAGCCUUGGAUGCACUGUUUUGGAAAUGGCUACUACAAAACCACCUUGGAGCCAGUAUGAAGGAGUUGCUGCCAUGUUUAAGAUUGGGAAUAGCAAGGAACUUCCAGCAAUUCCAGAUCACCUUUCACAGGAUGGGAAGGAUUUUGUAUGGAGAUGCUUACAACGAGAUCCACUUCAUCGUCCUGCAGCUGCUGAGCUUUUGGAUCACCCUUUUGUUAAAUAUGCUGCACCUUUGGAAAGACCUAUUUUGGGCUCCAUGCCCUCAGAGUCAUCCCCGGUGGUCACAAGCGGAGUAAAAGCUGUGGGAAUUGCGCAAACAAGAAACUUCUCCACGUUGGACUCAGAUAGACUUGCAGUUCAUUCCUCUAGAGUAUUGAAAACUAAUCCCCAUUCCAGUGAAAUUAACAUUCCACGGAACAUGUCAUGCCCUGUCUCACCCAUUGGUAGCCCUUUAUUGCACUCAAGGUCACCACAGCACCUAAAUGGAAGAAUGUCUCCUUCUCCUAUCUCUAGUCCACGGAAUACUUCAGGCUCAUCCACGCCUCUCACGGGUGGCAGUGGUGCCAUUCCCUUUAAUCAUCCGAAACAGUCAGUAAAUUUGCAGGAAGGUUUUGGAAGCAUGCCAAAGCCCUUGACCGGCCUCUAUGUUAAUGGCCCCUCUUACCAUGAUUCAAGUCCUGAUAUCUUCCGAGGGAUGCAACCAGGGUCUCAUGCUUUCUCGGAACUAGCAUCCCGUGAAAAUGAUGUUCCAGGAGUGCAAUUUGCCAGGACUGCCCAUGGAGAGUAUGAUGGACAGUCAGUGUUAGCUGAUCGCGUGUCUCGACAACUAUUGAGGGAUAAUGUCAGAAUGGGCCCGUCCUUGGACUUGAGUUCCAGCUCUCCUUUGCCUAGCCGAACAAAUUGCAUCUAACUUCACGCAUUUUUGUUGGACCCAUUGAUGAGAGCGAGUUCUCGUUUAUUUUGAGAGUAUUUAUAGUUCUACAGGAUCAAUUCUUUCAUCUUGCUACAUGCUCAAGCUAAUUUGCACAAGGACCCAAAAGUGGAGGAACUGAGAAAUGAGGUCUAACCUGUGGUCGUUGGAAAAAGAAGGCACCGGAUUCUUUCCCCAUCACUUGGCAUUCAGAUCCUUGCAUGAUAGGCAAUCUUCUUCAGUUAAAUCUGGCUUCUUGCACAAACUUGUACGAAGUUCCGAUCUUUGAUUCUGCCUCUAGAGCAGGGCUUUUGUUGAUCCAAUGCAGUUCCUCCAUAAAAAAAAAAAAAAAACUUGGCUUUGAGAACUGAGAACUGUACAUUUGCUUAGGUUGUGAUAUAUAGAAGAAAAGGGGGUUACAAAUUUUUUUUUGGUCUGAACUGCUGUACAGAAGAUGGAAAGUUGAAUUGGGUCCGAUUGUUGGUGGAAGAGUCUGCAUUUUUGUUACUUGCAGUGAUUUGUAGCCGGCUCAAGUGUAAUUUUUGUAUACUUUCUCUCAACCUAAUUUGUUGCACGUACAUCACCACUUAAAUGGAAUGAAGAUUCUAAUUCUCAGGUCCUGUACUAAAUUGAAUGCCUUCUGGUACUUUACUCGGUUCA